AUGGCAGCUCCCGAAGGAGAUUACUGGUUUUACCAUGAGAGCCUCAAAUCCAACACGUUCGAUCCCACUGACCCCAAACAAUUCUACACCACGGUCUGGUUGGAGGUUGCGGCCAAUUGGACUUUUCUGGACCGAAGUGGCAACGUCCCGCGAAUCCCCUGGGAAGGACAUCCACGAGGGGGGAAGCAAAUUUGGAACUAUAAUCCAUGGAAGACAGCAUAUGCUCGUCACAAAUGGAUGACCGCAAUGGUCGGCCGCACAAACAGGAAAAUCACCCGCUACAAAAAGGUUCACGGCCAGUUCUCUCGAGAUCAUCUGUAUGAUCAGCUCAACGAGACGAUUGUAGCACUAGUGCCGGUAGACAUGCCGACGCCCGAGGAAAAAUACCUCUGGGUAGACAUGACCUACCCAUUGCGGGGGAUUUACUUCCCUAAGCGGCACAUUGCGAGUCCCAAGUACAAGAACAAGUGCAUGUACUCGCGUCUGAGCUUUAUGGAACGUUCGGUGACAUUGAAGACGUAUGCGAUUAACCGACCGGCGCCACAAGGGGAGCUUAUAAAAGAUGAAGGUUACACUUCUAGCCGCCUAAGACGCGAGGAGAUUGAAAGGAGGAAACGAGAAGGCUAUCCAGAGCAAGAUCCGCCGAAGACCCUACCGCGUGACGCUCUCCAUGAAGGGUCGCUUCAGCUCGUCCCCCAUGAGUUUAAAGGCUGGGACAUCCGGCCACAAUGGAGCGUGCGGUUUGAUGUUGAGGUGAUCAUGCAUAUUGUCAGUUUACCCACUGACAUACUCAAGCCAGAGUAUGACGAUCCUUUCAAGCAUGUCGCAUUAUUUGACUGCCGGUGGAUUGAUCUCGCGGACGGGGUCGAAUCGUUCACUAUGAAUUUCGGCGACCAUACAGUGGAUUAUUUGAAAACAGUCCAGGAUGAGAAGCAUAUGAAACUAGUGCUUGCAAAUAAUGGGUUCGAUAAGCAUUGGCUAGCCAUAACUGUGGGGGGCCUAUGCUUGGUUGGGGUGAGUUUGAUCCCGGGGUAUGGUCCCAUCGCGGCCUUGGGUGGUCAGAUGCUGCUGGAUCUGUUGACUGCCCCCGAUGAAUUCGAAAGCGAGAAGUUUGCCAAGGAUAGAGCGCCAUUAGUAGUCGCCGCUAUAAUUACCUCUGCGAAAGAUGCGAAGGGCUACAUCCUAAAAAGCGCCUUGAAGAAAGGUGCGACGGGCAGAAGAGGUACUUGA